ACAUCUGCUCAACACCUGUGUAAUGCAGGAAGGUUUUGAGUCCGUGUUCCUGCAACCUUGCGUGGCCAAGUGGUGCUCACCAGCAGUAAAACUCCACCUGCCGCUGGCACUUUCCCCUUAUUGGCACUUAUUUGCUGGAUUUCACUGGCUCGCUGAAGAAAUUCAGGCACAGGAGCAAUGGGGACAGCUGGGCUUUCUAGUCAGGCACAUUAAUAGUGCAACGUGGUGGCACGAGCAUCUUUCUGAAGAGAACGUGGAGUUCCUGAAGAAGAUAACUACGGAGGAAUACAAAGCUCAGACAGCCAGCAAGCUCUGCCCUCUGAAAGAUGAGCCUUGGCCACUGAAUGAGUGGACACCAGAUUCCAUCAGAGUUGGUGUUGUUGCAGUAAAACUGGGAAUGAUGCCAAUAUGGACCAAGUCAGGAAAAAAACAUGCUGUCACAUUACUUAAGGUGCAAGAUUGUCAUGUUUUAAGAUACGUUUCAAAGGAAGAUUCGGGUGGGAAAACAGCUAAGCUGCUUGUUGGAGGCAAAAACUUAUCUCCUUUUUGUAAACCAGAGUCUGCACAUCAGAUUUUUAAAGAAGCUGGAGUACCACGAAAGCAGAAAGUUGCAACAUUUAAUGUAACAGAUGAUGCCAUAAUUAAGCCAGGUACUCCUUUGUAUGCUGCUCACUUCCGCCCAGGGCAGUUCGUGGAUGUUACUGCAAAAACAAUUGGUAAAGGAUUUCAAGGUGUCAUGAAAAGGUGGGGAUUUAAAGGUCAGCCUGCGAGCCACGGCCAGACAAAAACUCACAGAAGACCUGGAGCAAUAUCUACUAACAAAGCUUCCAAAGUUUAUCGCGGAAAGAAAAUGCCAGGUAAAAUGGGUAACGUCUAUAGGACAUGUUUUGGAUUAAAGGUGUGGAGGAUCAACACAAUACAUGAUAUUAUUUACGUAAAUGGCUCUGUUCCAGGUCACACAAAUUGUCUGGUGAAGGUCAGAGAUAGCAAAUUGCCUACUUGCAAGGAAUACAAUAAAAACCCCCCGUUCCCUACGUUUUUUGCUGAUGGAGAUGAAAAACUACCAGAAGACCUUUUUGAUGAGGAAAUCUUCCAGUUCACGGAUCCAUCUGUCACGUAUACAUAAUGUUCUUCACAUCUUUGAAAACACACAGUUUCGUUAUUUUCAUGAACUUUGCAAUUCUGUAUGAAAGAAAACCUAUGAAUUGCAGUCUGGCCAACUGACUUAAACACUUCAGAUAUUGUCAUUUUGGUCAGGUAAUUGGAUUUCCCACCAUCAAUUUCAAACCUGUACUUAAAGCAACCGGUGAAUCUGAGGGACAGGUUGUAAAGCACACCAAAUAGCAUGUUUUCAGUGAGCUUUUGUCCUUUGCCUCAGGCUGUGAAAACUUACUCAUUUCUGAAAAACUGUUGUUUUGAGAUGGUUCCAGUUCAUUUUCUAAAUGCUAACAAACUCUGUUUCUUUCUUAUGUAAAGUAUUCUGGGCAACUCUGAUCAAUCAAAAAACGUUCCAAAUCUGCCUUAGCAUCUAGGGGAGGAGAUGUGUGGGGAGAGGAGGCAGGGGAGAUCUGUGAAGAAUAAUCCAAAAUAAAACAAGAAAACACAUUGCUCUGCAGCAGCA